AUAGAAGAAGAGAAGUCAUGGCGGCUGACAGUUUGUAAUGAGCUAACGAGCACUAAAGACUCUUGUAAGUUGGAUAUAAAGCCUUUAAACCAAGCCCUGUGAUAAAAAGUCUGCCGGCAAAAUGCAGAUAACUUUGAAGACAUUACAACAGCAGACGUUCAAAAUCGACAUCGAUGAAGAGGAGACGGUGAAGACAUUAAAGGAGAGGAUUGAGCAGGAGAAGGGAAAGGACCAUUUUGCAGUUGCGGGACAGAAACUGAUCUAUGCCGGUCGAAUCCUCAGCGAUGACUGCGUCCUCAAAGAAUACAAAAUUGAUGAGAAGAACUUUGUGGUCGUCAUGGUGACAAAGCCUAAAACAGCCUCAGCCACCUCACAGCCUCCACAGUCCACUUCAGCUUCCAGCACAACAGCUCCUGCAACAUCCCCUGCCUCAUCGUCCAGUUCGGACAAACCUGAGGAGACAACGGACAGCAAACCGGAGGAGAAGCAGUCUUCAGGAGACGAACCAGCUUCCACCCCUGUCGGAAGCUCCGAGGCAUCAACCAACACAAACUUAAUUAGUGAAGCAGUUUCAAACCUAGUGACAGGUGCAUCAUAUGACGCUAUGGUGAAUGAGAUGAUGCUCAUGGGCUACGAGAGGGAGCAGGUGGUGGCGGCUCUGAGAGCGAGCUUUAACAACCCAGACAGAGCUGUGGAAUACCUGCUCACGGGAAUCCCAGGCAGAGAUCAGGGCCAAGCAACAGGACCUGAUGCAGCGGUUCCUCCAUCUAGUGGCGUUCCAGCUGCUCCUUCUGGCGGUAUCAGUGUUCCCGCUAACACUGGCUCCUCACCAAGUGCUGAAGGAGGCAAUCCCUUGAGCUUCCUAAGAAAUCAGCCCCAGUUCCACGUGAUGCGACAGCUUAUCCAACAGAACGCAGCCCUGCUCCCCGCCCUGCUGCAGGAGAUCGGCAGGGAAAACCCAGAACUGCUGCAGGAGAUCAGCAGCCACCAAGAGCAGUUCAUCCAGAUGUUGAAUGAGCCCAACCCAGAUGCGGUGCCAGCCAGCGGUGGAGGUGUGGCGGGGGGAGCGGGGCGAGCUGGAGGGAUGGGCGGUGACACAGCUGGUGGCAGUCAGAUGAGCUAUAUCCAGGUCACACCACAGGAGAAAGAGGCCAUUGAGAGGCUAAAAGCUUUAGGAUUUCCAGAAGGACUUGUUAUACAAGCCUACUUUGCUUGUGAGAAGAACGAGAACUUGGCUGCCAACUUCCUUUUACAACAGAACAUUGAUGACGAUUAAAAAAAGGCAUCUACCUGUUUUUUUUUUCUUCCACUCUUCUUCCUUUACUUUGUGAUUCCUGAUGUUCAGCAUAUGUGUACAACAAGCUUUUUUUUAAAUUUGAUUUAAAAAAAAAAAUGUUCUAGUCACUACUUCCACAUUCGACUCUCCUAAUAACACUGGAUCGUUAAUAGCUGGUGGCUGGUGUUCAGCGACAGGCUGGUGUUUGUGAUCACUUUAAAAUGGAGGAACCAUUAAAGUACAGUACAUUUGCAUCAGAUGCCACUUGUGUUCUAUUGAUUCAUUUUUUUUUUUUUUUAAUGCUUGAGUCAAAACCAAUAUGAUUUGUUUUAACAGUAUGAUUUACAAAUACAGUAUACUUUGCUUUUUAAUUAAGGUAAGUUCAGGGCAGGGUUAGCACUGAUUCCUCACAGCAAGAAGGUUCCGGGUCGAGUGUGUGAUGUUUGCAUGUUCUUCCUGUGUAUGUGUGGGUUUUCUCUGGGUUCUCCAGCUUUCUCCCACCAUCCAUAGAUGUGCUUGUUAGGUUAAUUGGUGAUUCUAAAUUGGUCAUAGGUGUCAGUGUGAAUGGUUGUUUGUCUCUGCGUUAGUCCUACGAUAGCCUGGAUAGCCUGAUGACAGCUGGGAUAGGUUCCAGCCCCCCCAAACCCUCUAGAGGACAAAUAGUUAUAUAAGAUGAAAAGUUCAGGGUAGAUCUGGAAGUUGAUAACAGUAUUCAUGCACUCGUUUGAUUUGUGUUUUUUUUUAUCUAAGUGGACCAACGGUGGAGAUUUGAAAAUCGAAAGUUGUGCAAAAAAAAAAAAAAAACAAGCAACAUUUUCUUACUUGAACGUCCCUCAGUUUGCAUGCAACUCUACAGGAUGACUGACAGGAGCUGUGUGAUGAAGUCUGACUGUGACGCAUAAUAUGAAGUCAUGUAUAAAGUUUGCAUACAUUGGCUAAGGCUUAGUUGUCAAUGACAAAUGUAAAUUUUACCGAAAAAAAAAAAUAAAGUUUUCCAGAUUAUUGAAAAC